ACACGAAGAAAUGUGACUCCUGGAAUGAAAAUGGUCAUUGUACCAACAGGCAUUAUUAAAGACAACAAAACGCGGGGCUAUCGGAAGGACCCAAACAACAAGUACAUGAAGUAAACAUUGAAAUUCACGCUCAAAUUCUCUGACUUCCAGCUCUUUCAGACUCCUCAGUGGUGAUAAAAUGAACAACAUGUCCCCUGAGGUUGCACUGCACCGGAUCUCACCUGAGUUGCGGCCCUUGCUGUGCAACGUGGUGAGGAAUGGCCGGGUGGGACUCGACUCCACAAACUGUCUCCGUGUCACAGACCUCAAAACAGGGUGUACGUCUUUAACUCCUGGUCCUUGCUGUGAUCGCUUUAAACUUCACAUCCCAUAUGCUGGAGAAACCCUGAAAUGGGAUAUCAUAUUCAAUGCACGGUAUCCAGAAUUGCCUCCAGAUUUUAUUUUUGGAGAAGAUGCAGAGUUCCUCCCUGAACCCUCUGAACUACCACACUUGGUCCACUGGGAUGCAGGGAACCCAGAAUGUUUGCUCCAGCUGGUGAAGGAGCUCAUACAGCAGUACCAUCACUACCAGUGCCAGCGUCUACGUGAGAGCUCCAGACUGCUCUUUGAGUAUGACAGCCUUCUAGAAGAUCCCAACUAUGGUCACAACAUGGAGAUUUAUGCAGGACGUAAAAACAGCUGGACAGGAGAAUUUUCAGCACGUUUCCUUCUCAAGCUCCCUGUGGAUUUCAGCAAUAUCCCUGUCUAUCUCCUUAAGGACACAGCACUGGACCCUGGAGAGGAUGUGGCCCUUCUGUCAGUGAGCUUUGAGGAUGCUGAGGCUACCCAAGUCUUCCCCAAAUUGUACCUUUCGCCCAGCAUUGAACAUGCUCUGGGAGGCUCCUCUGCGCUUCAUAUCCCAGCAUUUCCCAGUGGAGGAUGCCUAAUUGAUUAUGUCCCUCAAGUGUGUCAGUUACUCACCAACAAGGUGCAGUAUGUAAUCCAAGGCUAUCACAAGAGGAGAGAGUACAUCGCUGCUUUUCUCAGCCACUUUGGGAUGGGGGUGGUGGAGUAUGAUGCUGAAGGAUUCACUAAGCUCACACUUCUGCUCAUGUGGAAGGACUUCUGCUUCCUAGUGCACGUGGAUCUCCCACUGUACUUCCCCAGGGACCAGCCCACCCUCACCUUCCAGUCUGUGUACCACUUCACCAACAGCGGCCAGCUCUAUUCUCAGGUGCAGAAGUCGUAUCCCUACAGCCCGCGCUGGGAUGGAAACGAGAUGGCCAAGAGGGCAAAGGCAUACUUCAAGAGCUUCAUCCCUCAGUUCCAAGAGGGAGCCUUUGCCAACGGGAAACUCUAGUACUCUCUAACUUAAUGACAUGCCUGGAGAGCUGCCUGUGGGAGUGUGUAUGUGAGUUGGUGUUUGUGUGCCUGUACAUCUGUAUGCACAGAUUUGUGAAAUGUACUGUACGGUAGCAGUACAGUGAGAAUGACUGUGUGCUUAUUGCACAGACUCUGUGAAUCCCACAUUUUUUCACCUUGCAUUGGUUGCCUCUUAGUCAGUACCUUCACUUUUUCUUGUAGUCGUAGAGAGAAGCCACUGUCCUGUAGAAGAGUAAAUGUCCAGGCACUACAACACACUACAGCCAAACCCCGGCUGUAAUGAUAAUUGAUUCUAACUAUUGCCAGCACAGCUGAACGCCUUUAUUUUGAGAAGAAACUCCAAACUCUGGCAGGACCUUAAUGUGACAACGUGUACUGUACAACUUGUGUGUUCGACCGAUCAGUGAAGAGUUUUGUUUUGUUGUGUUGUGCCAAUAACGCCUGGCUUCAAGCAGUUAAACCCCAGAAGUUUAGACUCACAACACUCCAUCCAGAGAUACUGUGAUGUGAACACACAUGGACAUCACAGAGCUGUAGGGAUGAUGCAAAUGAUCUUUGUUUACUGUUGGUUUGCCUUUUUUCACUCAAAUGAUUGUCACAUGUGGCUCCAUUAUCCUUGUUAAGAUGAUCUUUGACUUGCCUUUUAGUUGUUAAAUGCUGUAUGUUCAAUUUGUUUAAAGCCCUGUGAACUCUUUUCCUGACAUGCUGACAGUACUGUAAGUUACUGACAAUUGUGUUUUGUCAAAUUUCUAUUCAGUAAAAAAAAAAAAAAAAAAAAAAAAAAAAUUGUUUCCCCUGACAUUGUCUUAUUAUUCUGGAACUGGUCUACACUGUUGGUGGUUGUUAGGAGAUUAUCAUUGUGAAAUAUAGAUUGCUUAAAUACGCUGGAAAUAUCUUUGGAAGUAUGUCCUUUAGAGGUUUGUUUUCCUUUUGUUUUAUUUAAAAGACAAGCAGCAGCUAUGAGAGAGUUAAGCCACUUCCAUGUCAAAUGCAAUAGGACAAUAAAGAUGAAACGUUCACGCAUUAUUGACCUACAAACAUUCACAACUUUAGGACAGUAUGAAUAGGGAAACAAUGCAUGUUUAGAAUAUAUAUAUGAAAACAGUAAAACCAUUGAAUUGAAUGGCAUUGAUUAUUUUGUUAAAGUGGCAACAUUAGGUAACAAGUGAACAGUAAGUUCUUGAAGUUGAUGUGUUGGAAGCUGGACACAUGAUAAGCACUAGAAAAGCACUCAGAGAGUGCAGUACUCCACCAAGGCUGUUCAUUCCUCCAUAUGGAAAUGUCAGAAAUGCUGCAAUUUUUUUUUUUUUUUUUUUUUUUUUUUAAGAAAUGCAGCUUUUGUUUAUUUAUUAGUUAUUGAUGGUCAGAAAUCACAGCAACAUAGAAUGUGGCCAUUUAAUAUAGAUGUACCCACAAAUAGCAUGUGCUUGCGCUGAACACAGGCAUGUGUUCUGCAUGUGUACGUUAUGUACAGAUACUGAAUCGUGUAACCUAAAUAUGUAGCAGGCAGCGGGAAUUGAUGGGACUCAGAAACACCCCCACAAUUUAAUCAAUUGUUCCUUGUAUCAUUUCCGAUGGUUAUCCUCGAUAAGUCCACAGCAGUGGAUUUGUAGUAGGAUCACAGUCAUGUGAUGGUCAGCAGGCAACUGACACAGUGUUCACUUGUUGUCAUGGUUACAGUGACGCUGUGAUGCUAUCUGGCAAUGAAACAUAAAUCUUUAACAAAUCCGUGGAUCCAGACUAUGAGCCGCAUCACUGCCAAAAUCUAAUCACUUGGUCCUUGUGAUAUUUCUGACCUUCCCUGAAAAUUUCAACGAAAUCCGUCCUUUUUUGAGUGAUGUUGGGAAUAGACAGACAGACAGACAGACAGACAGAGACAGCGAUUGUCACAUAACUCUGCUACAUUCCUGGGCAGAGUAAUAAGGAUCUAAGUGAUACAUUUUGAUGACUGGGUCAGAGUAUGUCCAGGUAGCAGCAGGUCUGGUGGGUCGUUCAUGGUCUGCAGUGAUUAGUUCCAACUAAAAAUAGUCCAAGGUUGGGCAACUGGUGAACAGGCGACCAAGGCUCAUGCUGAACUCUGUCCAUCACCCAAAGCAUGUACAGCAGGCACGAGCAUCAAAUCUGCACCACAGAGCAAUGGAAGAAGGAGACUUAGUCUGAUAAGACACGCCUUCUUUUAGAAACUCAAAAUGCUGAUAAUUACAUUGAUAAUUCCAAAAUGUCACUAAGGUAGGAUGAGCUGUGCUUGGGGCCAUGAGAGGCUGUUACUUAUUACUUAUUGUUUACAUUUUGCAGGUAUUAUUUAUUUAUUUUCAUGCUACCUAAUUAUACGACACCAAACGCAAAAUACAGCUAAGACUUAAUUAUUCAUUUUGCAAGACUUUGGAUAAAAUACAGAACUGGACAAUCUGUUGUUCUGGGGAUCACCAGGUAUUCAUUCUGUAAAGAACAAAAGGACCUUUUCCAAAUUUCCAAAUCCAUCCAUUGCUCAUCACGGUAUUUUGCACAAAAUUAGAAAUAUUAGCAAUGAAAAGAUAUUUUCAUCAGUGAAGACACUUUUAAAAAUCCUCUAGAAGUCAGGAGAUCAGCAGAGCCAUUAGAAGUUAUCAUGUGGAAACUGCAGCGUUAUUUUUUGAUUAUAAAUAUUAAAAUAUUUCAGUGGUUAAGUAAAUCUUUUAAGCUGCUGACAGUAGUAAAGGAAAAAUUAGGAUAAACAAAUUAAUUAGCAUUCACUGAAUGCUCUUACCAAAUUUAAUAGCAUCCAGCAAAGUAGUGUGCUGAUGAACCAACACUACCAUCCUGACAGUUACACCGACAGUGUGACCAAACUCAGAAGCUAAAAAUGUGCUAUAAAUAAGACGUUGUUCAUUAUUUUUGUGCUGUCUUACUCACAAAGUUUAAAAUGACUCUCUGUCCUCCAGAUGUGUCUAGGUGUACUUCCAUGCGUACACCUUAGUAGCUGUAGUGCUUUUCCAACCCCUAGAGAUGCUGUGGUUUUCUACAGGCCCUCAGUGCACUUGUGUAAUACGGAGCCGCAGCACAGAGAGGAUGAGUGUGUGUUUGUGUGUGCACAUGCUCACGCAUGGAUGUGCAAGUGUGUGCUUGAGUGAGGCAGAGUGUGCGCUGCUGCUUGUUUUCAUCAUUAAAUAUGAGGGUCAUAGUUAGGGGUCCUUCCUGGCCUCAGGCGCAGCCCUUUGCUAUAUUUAUUGUUGGUAAUGCAGCAACUGUCAAGUCUAAUUGAGAACUAUAGGGUGAAUGUAUCUGGGGCAUUUAAUAGCAUCAAGGCUCUUAAUAAAAUAAUUAAAAAGCAAGAUUCUUUUUGUCUUUUCCACUG